AUGUCCACUGCUGUGCCCGCUCCAGCCCGGGGCUAUAGCUCACUGCCGCCCUCGAUACGCGCUUCGCAGCCCAUGCCAGCUCCGCUCAGCCGCGUUGCCCUCGCCGCCAAGCAGAACCAAAUUCUCGCGCUUCAAGCUCUUCAAGCCGCUGCUGCAUCUGCCUCCGCUUCCUCAUCCUCAUCCUCCUCGUCUGCAGCUGGCUCUCCUCCGCCAUCGUCAUCCUACGCCAAGUCCCACAGCGGCACCGUCUACGCUGUUGGCAACAAGCGCGGUCGUAAGUUCCAGGCGUACCGAGCACCUUCGGUCACCCACGUGUCCAAAGACGCCGCUCUCACUGCGCCUUCAUCAAGCGCCUCGGACAACAAGCUUGUGCCGCUCGUCACCACCAGCGUGCCACACUGGUCCGCCGAGGGCUCGCACCCGCUCUUCGACCCCAACUCGGGCAAGAGGUCCGAGAUCUACUCGCUCACCAACGACCGCUACCCUGGCGCUCCCGGCACUGCACUCGCCAAAGCGCGUGAGGCUCAGCAAAAGGCGAUUCAGGCGGCCAAGCGCGAAGCCGCCAAGAAGCUGGCGUCCAAGGCUGAACUUGAGCAUCUCGGCGUCAAGGGUCUCGGCAAGAAACGCAAGAGCAGCAGCCCUUACGCUACCGUGGGCGGAGGUCUUCACGCAAGCGCUGUCUCCCCAGCUGUUUCGCCGAGCAGCACGAAACCGGACGCAGUUUCAACGGCUAUGAGUCGCGAUUCAUCUAGGGGUCGCAGCUCGACCAAGCCGCAGUCGGAGACUCAUCUCACGGUGCCUUCGGCGAGUCGCUCGCGCCGACCUGCCUCGAGGGCGUCCUCUCCGGCGCCGAUCACUGCACAGACUUCUUCCUCUACCAGACGAGCGGGUACACGAUCUGUAUCCGCCGCACCCGCGGAAGAGGAGUCCAGCAGCUCUGGCUCGGGCAUCGCUCGCAACAACCGCAGCUCGCCUUCGCGUGGUACCAGUCCACCGGACAACGGCAAGAACCACCACGGACUGGCUUCCACUGCGCCCUUCCAGAGCAGUCCGUUGGCUGCUAGCGCCAUCACGAUGGAGCCUCUGCUAGACACGGACGAGGUGGAUCAGAACGAGGCCAAGCCCGAUGCGUCGGAAGCCACCGCCGAUCUGCGCUCCGCCGCUGCCAAUAAGCGCAAGGCCAGUGCGUUGAGCCAAGAGGUGCUCGCUGAUGAAGGUGCGGACGCUGCCGUUUCGGACUCGCUUGAUGAGGUGAGCAAGCGACUCAGGCGCGACGAGGCAGGCGGUGCGGCCAAGGAGGCGGGUGACGAGGCUGCUGAAAGGACGGUCAAGGAAGGAUCUCCUUCGUCUGUGUCUUCGAGUCGUCGAACCUCGCCCAGGAUGACGUCGCGCCGAAUCGUUGCUGAGGCCGCGUGA